AUGGGUUCAGUGUCAGGCACCAUUAUGUCAUCAAUUGGCCGUGUGAGGCUCAUCGACCUUAUCUCCUCUGAAGGGCUUCCUUCUGAUUCCUACAAAAUUUCUAUUUCAACUCUCGCAGAAUCUCUUGCACAAUUUUCUGCUGCAAUAAUUCAAUUCCCAGUUAGUGAUAGUGCUCUUUUGAGAUCAGGCCUAGAAUCUGCACGCCUUUUCUUUCAUCAGAGAGCAUACCCAUCUGCUGAAAUGGUUCAUACAAGUGCCCCACGGGAGUGGUGUAGGACCUCUGGUUACUAUGCAGACCCUCAGCUAUGGCAUGAAACAUAUGAUUAUAGGCCCGGUCUUACUCCUACUGAGCCUAAUGGAGAAUUAGAGUUUCCUCCAUCUGGUUUGCCUGACAUAUUUUCUCUUUUGGGAAAAGCUGCACGUGAUAUCUUGGAUGCAAUAAGUUUUUCAUUGAACUUGCGCAGCUUCUCGUUUUCUGAAAUACUUGACAAUGUCCCGUUAAGAAACAGAGAGAUAUCAUCUUCAGUUCUUUCGGUUUGCUGUCACUCAAGACCAACAUUCCAAGAAGCACAACACCAUAGCAUGACAACACAGGAUAAUGGCCAAUUGGUUAUUUUUCAGGACCAUGAACACCAGGUUGACAAGAGCUUAAUCACUGUUAUUAAGUCAGAUAGGUGUGGUUUGCAUGUAAAGGAUCAAAACGGGCAUUGGAUACUUGUGGAUGGUGAUCUAGGUCCCCAAGAAGCUAUUAUCUAUCCUGGUCUUGCACUUUAUCAGGCAACUGCUGGUUACGUUAGUCCAGCUCUUCACAGGACAGAGAUGGCUAACCUGCAUGGUAACAUGUAUGGACGAUGUUCUCUUUCAUUCAAGCUCAUGCCAAAGUCUAUGACAAGUCUCAGCUGCACACAAAUGAGAGCUGCUGGACAUGGGGUUGAAGACCAAUUCCAAAUUCCCAUACAAGUUGAUGACUUCAUGCAGAGAUCACAUCCAACUGAUCCACAUUUUUUUAAGCACAGUUUCCCUAGCUAUGCAUACUCAACUUCCCAAGAUGGUUGGUAACAUCUUAACCAUAUUAUUAUCUAUUAUACUUGCUGGUUUCCCAACAUUUCCGAUAAAUAAUUUGAAAAAUAUAUCUUCUACAUUGAUUGUGAAAACUUGGAGUCAGCACCGAGGCAUUGAAUUCUCAAAGCUCCGCUCUUGACUGAUAUUUUUUUAUGUUGUUGUUAUCUUUAUGAGUUUUUUUCGUUAUAGAUGGGAAAAUAAACAAUGGCUUCAAAAAAGAAAAACAGAAAAAUGUCAAUUAAAGGUAUGUAAAUUUGCUGGGUAAACGAGAUGUCUAUUCUGGCGAGUUUUUUAGGCUCGGGUCUUAUAAUUAUGCCCAGAAACAAGAAUAGUUGUGCUUGCAUAUUUACCCGAGCCUGGGCUUUUAAGAGACCCAAUCAGUAUGUUCUGCCAGGUGUCCAUCCCUGGAGGAUUUCAUCGUGAAACUUUAUGGAAAAUGCAGUUCUGUUGUGAAAUGAGGAAGUGUUACCUAAUACAGAGACUUGUUGCACACUUAUUGAGUUGCUUCUUAACAUGGUUGUGAGGUUGUGAGUUAAACACCAUCAAAACAAUAUGUGACUGUCCGGGUCGGGUCAGGCCCCAGUCUAGUAGGAGUAUGGCCCUGAGCUCACUUUCCUAGCUUUUCUCUGGUCCCAAGUAGAGUCUGCUCUAAACAAUGAUAAUGUUUAAGAAGGCCCAGGCCUGGGCAGACCCAUUGACAGUCCUUAACAUUUUUUUCAUCUUUUACUUUCUUAUUUGAAAUGGAGCAGCAAAAUAAAAAUUGAACUAUGGACCGUCAUUUUUUUAUCAUCAUAAGAAACAAUGCCUUAAGUUGACAAACUGUUUAAUGCGAAUAACAUCUUUGUGGCCACAAUUGUGAUGAUUCUGUGUUCACCUGAUGAAAUGAACUGUAGAUGAUAUUGGACUACGAGUUCCACGAGCUACGUCAACUAGUUUGAUCUUAUUGUAUUGACCAGGAUGUAGUUUUGAUUAGCAGUCCGAAACUUUUUAUUAUGCCAUCCCACUGUUGUUCUUGUCACGAGGGUUUAGCAAAUGAUCAACUUUCUUCCUGAGAAAUCUACUCUCCUUGUGAUGCUCCAUAUAUUUGGCAUUAUUCUUGUCUGAGUAUCCUACAUUGGUAUUAUGGUGUGGUGACUUCAAUGUCUCAAGUAUCUACUAAAUAGGUGUAUUAUUUGGCCAUAUAUUUACACUUACUGAGGCUGCCUCUUUACUUGACAAAAUCAAAAUGAAUCUGAAGUCAGCUCGAUAAGGUCGAAUGGGCGUUAAAUGUUUUCUACAGUUGUCGGCUAUAUAUCCUUUAGACGCCAGUUUUAGGAACAUGGGUAGUUUAGGACAUGAGAUGAUCCAUCAGAAUUCCAGGAAAUGGUCAAUCAAAAGACUUGAUGGAGCAGUUUAGUUAGGAACAUGGGUACUAGUUUAGCGAUUGUAAACCAUUUUCUCGGUAGAGCGGUUUAGUUUCACGUCUUGAUGGAGAAACUGUUCACAAUUCUUUUAGAUUUUAGGAAAUCCUUCUCUUUUCCGGAAGGAAUUGGCCAAAGCUUCUCAGAAGACGUUUAGUCUGACGUGAUUUUAGCCUAUCAACGUUUGAAUUCAUUUCCUAUUUCUGGAAGCAACCUCCUUUAUUUAUUUCUGAUCUGAGUUUUAUUCCCCUGACAAUGGCUUUUUGUGAAUAUUUUUGGAUUUGACAACUUCACAGUGAAUGAAUGUCGUUGGUUCUAUGAUUUUAGUUUACAAUCUAUCUAAAUUAAUUUUUUUUAGUUUUCCAAAGUUGCCGUCAUGAUCCUUUUAUCUGUUAGUCUGACCCCUGCAGAGGCAUAGUGGGACAAUGUGCCGACUUUGUUAUCUAGGUUAGAUUGUUCCAUGUCUUACUUUUAUUCCAUUUAUUUUUUUCGUAAUUACUGGUUCUCUUACAGCUUAGUUAUAGUUACAUUAAAUACAUAAUUUUUGAAGGCAUAUUAAAAAUCAUAGAACCAACGACAGCAUUUGGUUCCUAACGGAUGGCAUAUUAAAAAAACGAGCAUCUGCUAAUAAUCAUGUCCAUAGAACGGUAAGAUGGAGAUGGAUGGGUCGUCCUUCUUACUAGUAUAGCUCUGUAAGCAGAAAAGUUUAAGUGGAAGAUCUCCACACAGAGCCGUCGUACUUGAUUGAAUGAGACCAAGAGGUUUACCCUUUUCAACGAGUCUUCCUUAUUGUUGGCCUUCUGCUGUCAUAAAAAAAAAAUACUGAGCUCUUCACUGACUUCGAUUCUCAUCUAAUCAUCUUGCCCCGCUGUGUACAGGUAAAAUUGGAAUAGUCAUCUGCUAGUUCUGGCUGCUAGUUUAGCAAAUUUGUAAAUCACAUUAGAACCACUGGAACACCAGACCAGACUCUCCUGGCGUAAGUCCUCGUUGCUGAAUGUCAGGUCGAAACUGCUAACCAAACAAUUUCUUUAACUCUUGUUUGAUUCACCCCGUGCCUUGGAGGGAUACCCAAUCCUGAACAGAUAUGGUGCUGGCAUCAGCGUUAUCAUACCCCAUUAAUUCAUCAGCAUUUGAGAAAGAUCCAGGGGAAAAAAAGGGCCGAAUUGACCAUGGGCAUCCGAUCAUAGAAUCCCUGAGGAGAACAUAUUAUGGUCAAUGCUAUGCGUCAUGAUCAGGCGUUGAUUCCACCUCUUGGAGAAUCUCGCUCCGAUUCCGAUCCUGUCAACAUUUUCUGUGACAGUGGGCGCCUAAGGGUUGAUUUGUGGGUCAUCAGCAAAGCGGCCAAUGGCCAUGAGAAAAUCUCCAGUACUCUACCAUAUUGGCGGUGAUUAACUAUCAAGACCGUUGAAUUGAACCCCAUUGACACACUUAUCUUGCUUCUUCUUGGACGCAUGGAGAAAUUAUGUUAGGGAUCAUAUCUCCAUCUUCAGGCACCAACAUACCUUUUCUUUUUUUUUUUUGUUCUUUUUUUCUGGGAUGUCAUAGCAGGAUCUUUGAAACCCUCAAUUAAGAGGAAGAAGAACUCUACCCGGUGCAAGCCCCUGCCGCCCUCCAAGAGGCUGCGUCUUGAGGCGCAGAGGGUCCUCAAGGAGCGAGUCCAGAACAUUGCCGAUAAGAAGGGGAUCAAACUAAGAUUCUGCGGUCUGAAGGAGUGCGAAGGCCACAUCCGAUCCCUGGACAGCCCCUGCAGCAGGAUCAGGAUGGAGCUUGGUUGGCCCCCUGGGGUGCCCUUUGUUCAUCCCCAUGAUCUCCCCAACAAGGCGAAGCUCGGUUUCCUCGAGGCGUACGAGCCCGGCUGGACCGUGUCUCAGCACGACAUGGAGUUGGCCUUUAUUGAACAAGGGCAGCCUGGUCAACACUCGGCUUAGCCGUAGACUGGUAACCUGCUUUCCCUUCAUAGUUAUAUUUUAGAACAGUUCCGCAUCAAAUGGGGGGAAUCUAGGUGUUGGUGCGUUGACUUAGAUGGCAUGGUUGAAUAUACGAUGAACAGAUGCUUCUGUCUCUUAGCAGGGAAGACCCAUAUGUUUCAUCAAAUAAAUGCAGCAUUUUUACGAACUGGGAAUUUCAUCUGCAUGAUAUACGCUCAGCUUCCGUGCCCCCUUCUCUUUACUUUUGCAGGGUCUAUUGUUCUUCUCCAUUUACCUCGAUCUUCGGCCAGCCCUUGGUGGCCUGCAGCUUGACGAACUCUGCCAGUUGCUUGAUCUCUUCUUCCUGCAGCCGGGGUCCGAACGUGCACUGCCCCCUCGGAGUGCACUUCUCCCCGAAACCCUAA